UUAUGAUUGUUAUAAUUAUAAAUAUGGUCAUAUCAAGUAUUUUAUACCAAUACCAACUUCUUUUGUAGGACAAAUCUUAUUUUAUUUGCACUACACACAGUACAGUAAAUUCAUCUGGAAUUAAAAUAUAUUAUAUAUAGCCAAGAUAUUUACAGGGUUAGGUCAUAGGGGGGAUUUUCUUUGAUAAAAUGAGUAAUGAACAAAUUUAAUCAGGCCAGUGGUUGGAUUGAAGAUGAUAUCUAGAACCCAUAUAUGAGUCGUUGAUUCUGCUGAGCUGUGUUUUGUGCACUAACUGUGCAUUGAUUGUUAGUUCAUCUAUUUAAAGUUAAAAGAUCAGAAGCAGAUACACAAGUAACAGAAAUCAAGGCAGAUAAUUAAGCUGAUCAAAGCAGCCAUGAAUACGGAACAAGAGAAAGAAAAGAGAGAGAUUGAAGGAGAGAACUUUGAAGAUACGCAGCAGGAAUCUGAUGGGUCAAAGAGACUUCAACCAUGGACACAACAAAUCUCAAUACGGGGACUCAUUGUGAGCAUUUUGAUUGGAAUCAUGUACAGUGUGAUAGCCAUGAAGCUAAACCUCACAACAGGUUUGGUUCCUAAUCUCAACGUCUCUGCUGCGCUUCUUGCCUUCGUGUUUAUCCGAACAUGGACAAAAGUUCUUCACAAGGCUGGCUAUGUAUCAAGACCCUUCACUCGCCAAGAGAAUACUAUGAUACAAACAUGUGCAGUUGCAUGUUACAGCAUUUCUGUUGGAGGUGGGUUUGCUUCAUAUCUUUUGGGAUUAAACAAGAAGACGUAUGAGUUAUCAGGUGUGAACACUCCAGGGAACUCUCCAAGAGCUAUCAAGGAACCUGCAUUUGGUUGGAUGACUGGCUAUCUUUUUGUUGUUUGCUUUAUUGGCCUUUUUGUCUUAAUCCCUCUCAGGAAGAUUAUGAUAGUGGACCUCAAGUUGACCUAUCCAAGUGGCCUGGCAACUGCAGUUCUCAUUAAUGGGUUUCAUAGCCAGGGAGAUAAAAUGGCUAAGAACCAAGUUCGUGGAUUCAUGAAGUAUUUCUCAAUCAGCUUCUUGUGGGGAUGUUUCCAGUGGUUUUACAGCCGUUCUGAAGAUUGUGGAUUUAAAAAGUUUCCUACUUUUGGACUGCAAGCCUUUAAACAAACAUUCUAUUUUGAUUUCAGUAUGACUUACGUGGGAGCAGGGAUGAUUUGUUCCCAUUUAGUGAACUUGUCUCUGCUUCUUGGAGCUGUUCUUUCUUAUGGAAUAAUGUGGCCACUUAUCAAUCAGCUUAAAGGGCGUUGGUUCGCCGUGAGUUUACAAGAAAGCGACAUGAAGAGCUUGUAUGGCUACAAAGUUUUUCUAUCGGUUGCUCUCAUUCUAGGAGAUGGGCUCUAUAAUUUCCUCAAGAUACUGAUUGUCACAAUCCUCAAUCUUUAUGGCCGAUUAAAGAAGAAGAAUCUCAAUGCAGUUUCAGCUGAUGAUGAACAGCAGAAGUCCCAUGAAGAUCUUAAACAGAAUGAAGUGUUUCUGAGAGAAACUAUUCCAAUGUGGAUAGGAGUUGUUGGAUACCUAAUCUUCUCCGUCUUAUCCACAAUUGUGAUCCCAAUUAUGUUCCCUCAACUCAAGUGGUAUUAUGUUGUCAUAGCCUACAUUCUUGCUCCUUCUCUGGCCUUCUGUAAUGCUUAUGGCGCUGGUCUCACCGACAUAAACAUGGCGUAUAAUUAUGGGAAAGUGGCACUGUUUGUUCUUGCUGCAGUUUCUGGAAAAGAGGACGGAUUGGUGGCAGGGCUUGUUGGUUGUGGUCUCAUUAAAUCUGUUGUUUCAGUUGCUUGCAUUCUUAUGCAAGAUUUUAAAACAGCCCAUUACACUCUCACCUCACCGAGAGCAAUGUUUCUGAGCCAAGCAAUUGGCACAGCCAUAGGGUGUGUGACGGCUCCUCUCAGUUUCUUUCUGUUCUACAAGGCAUUUGAUGUGGGAAAUCCCCAUGGAGAAUUCAAAGCUCCUUACGCCUUGAUAUACAGAAACAUGGGAAUUAUUGGCGUUCAAGGCUUCUCAGCGCUGCCCCAACACUGCUUACAGCUCUGCUAUGGCUUCUUUACUUUUGCAGUGGCAGUGAACGUGGCGAGAGAUGCUUUACCACAAAAGAUUGGGAAAUGGAUGCCGCUUCCAAUGGUAAUGGCGGUGCCAUUUCUGGUGGGAGCAUACUUUGCAAUUGAUAUGUGUGUUGGGAGUUUGGUUGUGUAUGCGUGGCACAAAUUGGAUACCAAGAGGGCAGAGUUAAUGGUUCCUGCUGUUGCUUCAGGAUUAAUUUGUGGGGAAGGCCUCUGGACUCUCCCUGCCUCAAUACUUGCUUUGGCCAAAAUAAAUCCUCCUAUCUGCAUGAAAUUUUCGGGUCCUCAUUCCUAAAGGAGCCUGAUGACCAAAGGGCAAACGUAGCCAAUCAUCCUAAGUUCAGAAAUACAUCCAACAAGAAAUACUAAGAUAAAAAUGCACAUUGUUGAUGCCCUCUAGAUCGUAAUUUAUUAAAUAAAUUGAGAGUUUUAGCAAUUACGGUUUUCUUUUUUGUUUUA